CUCAUCGCUGUCAAGUCUCUAUUUCCAUUUCAAUUAUGAAGCAUCUUCAAUGAUUUUAAGUGUGUUGAAAAGUGCAAGUGAUAGUGUGGUGGCGCGGUCUCGGAGUUAGGGCUCGUUGGCCGGCGGCGCCAUGUUCAGCGGGACGGUGCGCGUCAAGGUGUGCGAGGCUACGGGCCUAAGGCCGACCGACUUUCAGAAACGCCACAAUAUGACCUUCGGGAAACCUGACGACCAACCCAUAGACCCGUACGUUUCAAUCGACGCCGACGAGCACCAUCUAGACCGGUCCAACACCAAGCCUAAGACAUUCGACCCAGUGUGGAAUGAGACUUUUAUACAUGAGGUGCAAAAUGCUACCAACCUGGGCUUCACUGUAUUUCACGACGCUGCCAUACCUCCAGAUGACUUUGUAGCAAACUGUACUAUUCCCUUUGAAGAUCUGAUGCACAGAGAUAAAGAUGCCACAGACUUUUGGGUGGAUUUAGAACCUCAAGGAAAAUUGCAUCUCAAAAUUGAUCUGAAAUGGAAUUCUCAACCGAGCGGCGCGCGCGCGGCGCGCGGGCGGGAGUUCAAGGAGGGCGCGGGCUUCAACCGGCGGCGCGGCGCGCUGCGGCGGCGCGUGCACCAGGUCAACGGCCACAAGUUCAUGGCCACGUUCCUGCGCCAGCCCACCUUCUGCAGCCACUGCCGCGAGUUCAUCUGGGGUCUCGGCAAACAAGGCUAUCAAUGUCAAGUUUGCACGUGCGUGGUUCACAAACGAUGCCACUCCUCAGUGGUGACCAAGUGCCCGGGCAUGAAAGAGGAGCAAAUGGCGGUGGGCGUGUCGGGCGGCCAGCGCUUCAGCGUGAACGUGCCGCACCGCUUCGUGGUGCACUCGUACAAGCGCUUCACGUUCUGCGACCACUGCGGCUCGCUUCUCUACGGCCUCAUCAAGCAGGGCCUGCAGUGCGAGGUGUGUUCGAUGAACGUGCACAAGCGUUGCCAGAAGAACGUGGCCAACAACUGCGGGAUUAACACCAAGGCCAUGGCGGCCAUCCUCAACGAGAUGGGCAUCUCGCCCGACAAGAACCCGAGGCCGCGCGCUUCCAAGUACCUUAACACACCCCUGCUGGAAGGUGCUGCGGACUUGGCUUCGGAAGACGGCAAGGAUCCAGAUAAGUUUGAGAACAAAGGUGCGGGCGCGGGGCCGGCGUGGGAGUGCGAGUGGGCGGAGCUGCAGGACAUAUUCGCCUGCUACGAAGGUACUGACGGCUCUGGGGACGGGGCGGAGGGCAUGAAGGUGUCUCUGGAAGACUUCCACUUCAUCAAGGUGCUGGGCAAAGGCUCCUUCGGGAAGGUCAUGCUCGCCGAGAAGAAAGGCACCGAUGAGGUGUACGCGGUGAAGGUGCUGAAGAAGGACGCCAUCAUCCAGGACGACGACGUGGAGUGCACGCUGACGGAGCGGCGCGUGCUGGCGCUGGCGGCGCGCCACCCCUUCCUCACGGCGCUGCAUUGCGCCUUCCAGACGCCCGAGCGCCUGUUCUUCGUCAUGGAGUACGUGGACGGCGGCGACCUCAUGUUCCAGAUCCAGCGCGCGCGCAAGUUCGACGAGCCGCGCGCCAGGUUCUACGCGGCGGAGGUGACGCUGGCGCUGCAGUUCCUGCACGCGCACGGCGUCAUCUACCGCGACCUGAAGCUGGACAACAUCCUGCUGGACAGCGAGGGCCACUGCAAGCUGGCCGACUUCGGCAUGUGCAAGGAGGGCAUCCUGGAGGGUGCGACUACGACUACGUUCUGUGGGACCCCUGAUUAUAUUGCUCCAGAGAUCCUGCAGGAACUAGAGUACGGCCCAUCAGUGGACUGGUGGGCUUUGGGUGUAUUGUUAUAUGAAAUGCUGGCGGGACAGCCCCCCUUCGAGGCAGACAAUGAAGAUGAUCUGUUCGAGUCUAUCCUACACGAUGACGUGUUAUAUCCUGUGUGGCUUUCCAAAGACGCGGUCUCCAUACUCAAAGGCUUCAUGACGAAGAACCCGGCGCGGCGCCUGGGCGUGGCGGGCGGCGCGCCCGGCAUCCGCGCGCACGCCUUCUUCCGCGACGUGGAGUGGGACGCGCUGGCCGCGCGCCGCCUGCGCCCGCCCUUCCGCCCCAAGGUGAAGAGCAAGCGCGAGGCCGCCAACUUCGACGCGGAGUUCACCAAGGAGGAGCCCUGCCUCACGCCCGUACCGCCCGACGUGUUGCGCGCCAUCAACCAGGAGGAGUUCAAGGGCUUCUCGUUCGUGAACAAGGACUUCAACCCGGUGCCGCCGCCAGCGCCGCUCGCCUGAGCCGGGCGCGCUCGAGUCAGCUCCGGCGGCCCACUCAGGCCGGCUCGUAUUUUGUUCCAGUUUCACGUGAACCGAGCUUCGGUCGUGUUACGCCUUUACCGCCAGAUAUUUCGAUCGUUAGACGCGUCACAAAACCUCAACGUUAUUGUCCGCAGAAAGUCGACAUGGCACUUUCAACAGAAAUAUGCAGAAGAAUUUUGGUUACAACAACGCACGCAAGGUCGACAGUCGCGUUCGACUCGCACUCGAGCAUCACGCGUCGGGCGUCAUACCCCGGUUUUCAUGUCGACUUGUCGCGAGGUGAACUCGUAUCACAGUAGUGGAGUAAAGAGCCCAUGGCACGAUCGACACAUCUCCGUGACGCGUGUCUAAUGAUUUAGAUCUGCGUUUGUAUACAACGUACAUCUCAAUACGAUUGCCGCUUGUAUCGACAGUCUCUAAUCACAGCUGAUCGCACAUUAUUACUCGCACGAGACAAUACAUUUUUAAUUAGCGAGAACUUUUUGGUGCUUGUAAUAUUAUGCUUGGUUUAUAGAUGCCAAUUUUUAAGGGUGUUUUACAAAUAUAAAUAAUAGGCAAGGUUAUUUUCCGCUUGUUAAAAAUAUAAUGGUUAACAAAAUAUACAGCUAGAUAAUAUAGCUAGAUGGCGUUGCUUUGCUUGCAGGUUGAUCUUAAAUG